CUCAAACUUGCGGUCCUGUUGAGAGAGACGGAUCUACGUGCUGCUGCUGCUGAAUUAGCUAACUACACAAAGCCCAAACUUUAGAAGAAAGCUAACUGCAUCGUGGUGACUCCACACUGAGUUAGACUAUUCUGUCGGCAAGCGAAAAGCGGCAGCAGUUUCUUUUUCUUUUCGUUCUACGCAGACGUAACACUCCACAGCCACCAUGUUUGAGGCUCGACUGGUCCAAGGCUCUAUCCUGAAGAAGGUGCUGGAGGCCCUAAAGGAUCUGAUCACAGAAGCCUGUUGGGAUGUCAGCUCGUCCGGCAUCUCCCUGCAGAGCAUGGACUCAUCUCACGUCUCUUUGGUGCAUCUGACUUUGCGGCACGAUGGCUUUGACUCCUACCGCUGCGAUAGAAACCUCGCCAUGGGAGUCAACCUCAGCAGUAUGUCAAAGAUCCUGAAAUGUGCUGGUAAUGAGGACAUCAUAACUCUUAGAGCUGAAGACAAUGCAGACACACUUGCCCUUGUGUUUGAGACAGUCAAUCAGGAGAAAGUUUCAGAUUAUGAGAUGAAGCUUAUGGACCUGGAUGUGGAGCAGCUCGGGAUUCCAGAGCAGGAAUAUAGCUGUGUGGUUAAGAUGCCUUCUGGGGAGUUUGCUCGCAUCUGCCGUGACCUGUCGCAGAUUGGUGAUGCCGUCAUGAUCUCUUGUGCCAAGGAUGGCGUCAAGUUCUCAGCCUCAGGAGAGCUGGGCACAGGAAACAUCAAGCUGUCCCAGACCAGCAGUGUGGACAAGGAGGAUGAGGCUGUUACUAUUGAGAUGAAUGAGCCUGUCCAGCUGAUCUUCGCCUUGAACUACCUGAACUUCUUCACAAAGGCCACGCCGCUGUCCAAGACGGUCACCCUCAGUAUGUCUGCUGAUAUCCCCCUCGUGGUAGAGUACAAGAUUGCUGACAUGGGACACAUUAAAUACUACCUGGCUCCAAAGAUCGACGAAGAGGCUUCCUAAUUUGUCUACAACAGACCAGAAGGGAGAAUGGAGGAAAGUAGAUACUCUGGACUCUUCCUGAGUGACUGAAGGACCGAAGCGAAGUCAUGAGGCCUCUGAUCUUCAGUCAUAUGAGGACACCCACCUUUCGCAGUUGCUGCUGUGUUGAUCUGAAGCCUCAGUGGUUCAGAUCAGCUGGCCUUGGUCCAGACAUUCCCAGUGUAAAUCCCAGCCCUCAGCUUCUCUCUCUCUUUGUCUGUUCUUUGGGGAAACAGUUUCAAGGUAUCUUUUUUUUGUAGAUAACACAUUUGUAAAUAAUUCCUGUGGUUUCGCACUGGCGGUCAGCUCCAAAUGUUUUUGUAUUCGUAAAUUCAGCCCAAAUUAAAUGGUUUCUGUUUCA